AUGGAGAACAUUGAUGUUUCCAAGUACGCACACAGCUCCGUGCACAAAGCCGUAGCUUCCAGAGACUACGCAACUCUCAGAUCAAUACUAUCAUCUCUCCCAAAGCCGCGAGAUCCAUCCGAGAUCCAAUCAGAAGCAGCUUCGUUAUCCGAGGAAGCAAAAUCGGACGCAAUCUCCGCCGUAAUCGACAGAAGAGACGUCCCCAGACGCGACACGCCGCUCCAUCUAGCCGUGAAGCUCUCCGAUUCAACAUCCGCCGAGAUCCUAAUGGUCGCCGGAGCCGAUUGGACUUUACAGAACGAGGACGGAUGGAACGCGUUGCAGGAGGCUGUUUGCAGCAGACAGGAGACGAUCGCGAUGAUAAUCGUCCGCCAUUAUCAGCCUAUAGCUUGGGCUAAAUGGUGCAGGAGACUGCCUCGCUUGAUCGCGACGAUGGGGAAGAUGAAGGAUUUCUACUUGGAGAUGAGUUUCCACUUCGAGAGCUCCGUUGUGCCUUUCGUCUCCAAAGUUGCUCCGUCUGAUACUUACAAAGUGUGGAAGAUCGGGUCGAAUCUGAGAGCUGACAUGACGAUGGCUGGCUUCGACGGGUUUAAGAUCCAGAGAUCUGAUCAGAGCAUACUGUUUCUCGGCGAUGGGUCUGAGGAUGGUGAGGUUGCUCGUGGCUCGCUUUACAUGGUGAAUCACAAGGAUAAAGAGGUGAUGAAUGCGUUGGAUGGUGCUGGCUCUGGAGUGGCGUCUGAUGAGGAGGUGAAGAGAGAAGUUGCUUCGAUGUGUAAAAGUAACAUCUUUAGACCUGGGAUUGAUGUGACGGAGGCUGUGUUGCAUCCGCAGAUGAAUUGGAGGAGGCAGGAGAAGAGUGAGAUGGUUGGUCCUUGGAAGGCUAAGGUUUAUGAGAUGAGCAAUGUUGUUGUUAGCAUCAAGUCUAGGAAAGUUCCUGGUUCUGGUUCUGGUUCUGCGUCGUCGAAUGAUAAAGAGAACGAUGGUGAUGAUGAUGGUCUCUGCGAUGUGUUGACAGAUGAAGAGCAGAAGCAGCUUGAGGCUGCUCUUAAGCUUGACUUGCCAGAGUUCCCAACUGUUAAUGGCGAGAAUGGUCUCGUUGAGGAUUUGAGUAGCAAGAAACCGGAGAAGAAAGGGUGGUUGGGAGGAUGGAGAAGGAGAGAGACGAGUAAGGUGGAGAAGCAGGAGAAGAUUGAGUAUGCGCCAGCGAGAAGCUCUCUUUGUGUGAAUGAGAAAGUGAGUAAUCUGUUGGGAGAUUCGAAUCAGAUAAAGCCAGGGAGACACUCUGUAGAUAACGAGGUUAUAAGGAAGCCAAGAGUGAGUAAGACGACGAGUCAUCAUCAUCAUCAGGAGAGUGAAUACAAGAAAGGUCUACGUCCUGUUCUCUGGCUAUCUCCAAACUUCCCGUUACAAACAGAGGAGCUUCUUCCUUUGCUUGACAUACUUGCAAACAAAGUUAAAGCCAUUCGUCGUCUCAGAGAACUUCUCACCACAAAACUUCCAGCAGGAACGUUUCCUGUUAAGGUUGCUAUACCAGUGGUGCCGACGAUAAAAGUGCUUGUUACGUUCACAAAGUUUGAAGAGAUUGACGGUGGAGAUGAGUUUAAGACGCCACCUUCGAGCCCGACUGGUUCUGGCAAUGAUGAGAGUCCAGCUGCUGCGAAUGAGGUCAAGAACUCAUCGUCGUCGUCCUCGUGGUUUCGUUCGUCCAGAGCAAGCAAAGAUGGUUUGAGCAGUAAGUGUCAUACUUUACAAGACCCGUUUGCGAUACCUGCAGGUUAUACUUGGGUUAGUCUUGAGUCUAAGAAGAGGAAAAAUGAGAAACAGAAACCCAAAAAGGGUCAAAAGGCAGAGAUGCUGGCAAGGAAGCUUAGGAUAAAUGUCCGUGGAACAAAGAUUCUGCGGAGAGCUUGUUCAACUCAUGUGACAGUGACACACAAUGUCUCUAGUUCUUCUUCCAGUGAGAGCAAUGCGAAAAGGAAUUCCACUGAAGAUAGUCCACAACAUGACAUUGCUAUUGUCGGUGGUGGAAUGGUUGGAAUCGCUUUAGCUGCUUCAUUGGCAAGCAAGCCGUUGACAAAGCACUUGAAUGUCGCUAUAAUUGACAAUAAUCCUCUUUUGGGGAGAAAGAAUGUGAUAGAGAAAGGUCACACACCUGAUCCCAGAGUCAGUACAGUCACACCUGCGACGAUAUCUUUCCUCAAAGAUAUUGGUGCGUGGAAAUACAUUGAAGAACAGCGACAUGCGUAUUUUGAUAAAAUGCAGGUCUGGGACUACACGGGCCUUGGAUACACAAGAUACAAUGCUAAAGAUGUCGAUCAAGAUAUUUUGGGGUGUGUUGUGGAGAAUAAAGUUCUCCAGAGUUCUCAGCUAUCUUGUUUUCAGGAAUCAGAUCUCCAGAAGACUAUUUAUCCAGCGAGGUUAAACUCGAUGGAUAUGCUACCAAGUUCUUCGUUGACUGGUCUUGGUGAAGUACCAUCCACAACAGAUUUGUUUAUGCGAGGACGUCUUGCUAAGCUGGAGCUAAGCGAUGGAAACAACGUCUAUGCAAAACUAGUGGUAGGCGCCGAUGGGUCUAAGUCGAGAGUGAGGGAGUUGGCAGGGAUCAAAACAACCGGAUGGAACUACUCACAGAACGCUAUCAUCUGUACAGUGGAGCACAGUGUCGAAAACUUCACAGCGUGGCAACGGUUCUUACCUAAUGGCCCCAUCGCGCUUCUUCCCAUUGGAGACAAGUUUAGCAACAUAGUCUGGACUAUGGAUCCAACAGAGGCGUCAGACCGCAAAACCAUGAGCGAGGAUGACUUCAUCAAAGCUGUAAACGACGCUCUGGAUUACGGAUACGGUCCACAUCCAGAGACGACAACGAGCUCACCGGGGGGUCUCUCUUGGCUUACAGGAGAUGUGACCAUAUCUGGCAAGGAGAGGUUUGAAACUCCACCAAAAGUUGUGAAGCUUUCUUCAGAGAGAAUGAUGUUUCCUUUGUCUUUAAAGCAUGCGAAAGAUUAUGUGUCGAAGCGUGUGGCUCUCGUUGGUGACUCAGCUCAUACUGUUCACCCGUUGGCUGGUCAAGGAGUGAAUCUAGGAUUUGCAGAUGCGUCUGCUCUCUCUAAAGCUAUAGCUGAAGGCAUUGCUCUUGGUACUGAUAUAGGAGAGACGAAUCUGCUCAAACGAUAUGAAGCUGAGAGGAAACCUGCGAAUAUAGCGAUGAUGGCGGUUUUAGACGGAAUCCAGAAGAUGUACGCAGUGAAUUUCGGACCGCUGAAUGCGUUCAGAGCGGCUGCGUUUCACGGUGCUCACUACAUUUCGCCGCUAAAGAAGCGUAUCAUAUCGUAUGCUUCAGGAGACCAAUCUUUGCCACUUUUUUCUUGA